GAGUACGGUAUUCUUAAGCUAAGAUGAAACCUCCGAUCUCCAUAUGAUUGAUCCGAAAGUCGGCGUCUGAUGGAAACUAACUUAAACUGUGCCAAUCGCCUAAAUUAGGAACUCUCAUUGGUGUCCAGAUGAUAAUAUAAAAGAAAAUGGGUUGCAAUGGAAGCAGAAUGGAUUAAAGAACUAUUCUCCAUCAUCUUGGACAUCUAGUCAUGUAUAGGAACUCUUGUGGAUGUGUCAUCACCAUGUGACCAUGGAGAAUGGUGAUGUAAUCGACAUCGAUGACCUCCUUGGAGUGUCAUCUCCUGAUACAUCACUUCCUCUUGAAGAAUACAACCUUGAUGAUUUCUUGGACACUGUUCUUCAUGAAGGAGACAAUGGAAAGUCUGGAAAACAAUAUUCAGUCAAGCCUCGACUACAUGCUACUGCUACAAAAUCCAAAAGAAAUAGGUCAGGACAAAGUGGCACAGGUGAGGGAAAGCUUCCUCAAUAUCAGCAGGAUGAUGCUACCGAGGUAUUCCUAGAGUCUCUUCUUAGUACCAUCAAGCCAAGUGGAGAAGAGAACGAUGUGACCUUAGACAUCAACUCUGAUGAGCUUAGGAGAUUUAUCGCUGAAUAUCAGGUGCAUGAUGUUAACCAACAGCAUGAAGGGGCAAGACCAACAGAAGACGGGGCCUCAAUCAGUUCAAGUGCUUCGGAAUCACUGGAUAGUUCACUCUCUGGAGAAGGGUUUGGUGGCUCGAAGAUCAAGCAAAAUAAGAAAAUGAUGAGGGGGAUGAGGCUUCUGGUAGCCAAUCUCCUACGAAGUAAGACAACUGCCAUGGCAAGCCCAUCAUUGGGUAGCGAGGAUGAGAGACAGAAAGAUGUGCGUCGCCAGAAGUUUAAGGAUAAAAGCAAGCGGAGGGAAGAGAAAUGUUUGCUGAAUCAAAGUCUUGAUGGGCAAUCGUCACAGAGUGAUGCUUCAUUAAAUCAUACCCCACCUUCUGUUUUGAAGAUUCCCUCCGAGGUAGAUAGUACCACUGCUGCAUUCAAAGUAGCUAGAGUGAAAUGUACUGACAGGCAUGAAGCAUACUCAGGAAUAAAUGAAGAGGCAGACAAGGUGUUUAGAGUUGCAGUUGAAGAGGAUAAAUCAACUUUGGAACAAUAUUUAAGAAGUAACCCUAGUUUGAGAGACUCUAGAGAUUGUCAUGGCAAUGUGCUCUUGCAUGUCAUGUGUCGUCAAGGAAACCUAGAGAGCUUACAGUGGUUGGCAUCUGGACUGUGUGGACAUCACAUAAGUCUAGAAAACAAUAACUGCUUUACACCAACUGCUAUUGCAGUCAAAUAUGGCAGACUUGAUUGUGUUGAAUGGUUAAUAAAUGAAACAAAGGCCAAAGAUGAGCUCCACUCUCAAGAUAAUAGAUGGUCCUUGCUUCAUAUUGCAUCCCGUUAUGGACAGGAACCAUGUUUGCGAUGGCUGCUCCAAUUUAUGCAAAACACUGGCAUCCACCUCGAUUCUCUUGAUCGUCAUGGCAACUCACCCUCCCACCUUGCUGCUCGACAUGGCCACCUGAUGUGUCUACAGACUCUUGUAGAGUUCAACUGUGACAUUACCAUGGUGAAUGGUAAAAAGCAGACUCCGUGUAGCCUAGCAACUAAGUACAAUCACAACACAUGUGCUCAGUUCUUGGUGGUGACGGAGACGUGUGUGUCUUUGUCUGACCAGGUUACUCAACUCCGAAGAGACCUCAGAGAGUACCACAAUGAAAAAGUACAGCUGAAAGCAAGGCUAGACGAUGCUAUCCUUUGUAGCGAGGCCCUUGUCCGCAUGCAUCCCAGAGACACAACGCAGCGGAUAGAUCAGAUCCAACAACAGUAUGUUGAUUUGACUAAUCUCUUAGUGAGAAGGAUAGAUGAUAUGCAUCAGAAGACAGAUAAAGAAGGGGCUCAUAGCAGAUCAUCAUUCACAGGAAAUUGUCAUGACUUAGGUGAUGAUAUAGCCUCGUGCAAGCGACGUGCUAAUGAGCUCCAGGACUCCUGCACACAGCUCUUGGAGGAGGAGCAUGCUCGUCAAGGUUCCAGUCAAGAGGGAGAACUCUCUCGGAUCCAGGAGACCUUACACAAGCUCCAACAGCCUGAUGAGUUGCCAAGCUCAAUAGGUCAAAGGUCACAGCUUGAGGAUUACAACUCAGAGCCCCUCAAAGACAUGAGGAAAAGGCUGAAUGAGGUUAGUUUACUGCGAGCUGCCAGUCCGUCCGUGAUGAAUGUACCACUCUCUGACAAGCAAGACAGUGUUAGUCUGAGCAGCAGUUAUACAUCCUUAAGCUCUUCAUCAUCAUCCCUCUCUCUGAUGACAAAUGGUUUAAAUGCGACUUCAAAACCACCACUUCAGAAACAAGUAUCAUGGGAGGAUCAACAACUUCACAGGGGUGUGUUGAACAAUAGGAAUGGAGGAACUUGUCACAGUGAAACUGAAAGUUCAACCUCGAGCAUAAGGAUUGUGGAGCAGGAAGACCUCGCAUCCAAAGUGAAAAGACACUUGAAUGAUUUGAUCUCAGGGAAAAGUAGUAGUCAGAUAAAUUCCAAAAAAUUUCAGUCUUCCCAAAACAAUCAGUAUUAUGCAAAAGAGGAAAGAGACUUUCCGACACCCACCAACCCUUCAACAACGGAUGGUGUGCUGACAGCCGUAUCCAUUGGAUCUCGUGCUAGGGCAUCCACAAAUAGUAGUGCACAGCAGUUGCGCAUGAAGCAAAAUCAAAUAAAUCAAUCUCUUGAUGCACUCAUGAAAAGUGCCCUGCCAGAUGUAAUCAACUCUGGAGAUGCUAAAAGAGGUCAGGUAUCCCCAUCGAGUGAUAGCAAGCUGUCAACCUCAAGUGAAGACCUUUCCCAUUCCUGGCAUGGAGGAUCAGACAAUCAAAGCAGGAAUAGACCACUCCUGUCUAGAUUAAAAACAUCUCAUUCUGCAGACUUUGCAUUGAAAGAUACAACUAAUAUGAAACAUCAAAGACAUAGCAGUGAGAAUAGCCCACUGCAUAUGAAAGUAUUGUCAUCCAUGAAAAGCGAGGAUGACAAGAUUCUCCAUAGACCCAUGACCAACUCAAACAAUAGAAGCUCUGUCUUGUCUGUACCAGUCUUCAUGCGGAAGCUGCAGCCUACAGGACAUGUCCCAGGAGGAGAGGUAUCUGUUCAUGUUGAUCUGAUGAACCAUGAGAAUGACUUGGAAACAGAUGCCGCUGAUGAUUCUUACAUACCUAGACUCAAUUCUGACUCAAGUCUCAGCAGCGCCACAUCUUCUGAUGUAGUUUGGUCUGAUAUCGAUCAUCCAGAUGGCCCAGAUGCUGGCCCUAUGUACAAACGCAGGGCAGGAAUACUCAAUCGAACCCGCAGAACCGGAGAGGGUAAUCGCAAGUCACGUAACCGUCACAUCAAAUUUGCCCUGGACGAAGACAACUGUCCGUCGAGCCCUACCUCCGACACAUCUUCUCAUCGAAGGGAUCUCUCUCCGAUCUAUGAGUCCGAGUCUCAUCGUCAACAGCGUGAACAGAAUGCAGAAUUCCAUAGUCCUGUUGACACCGCCUCUCCUUGCAACUAUAACCCUCCCAUGCUUGGUCAUCGUGAGUAUAGGGUUAACUUCUACAGCAGUGAUGAUGAUGAUUAUGAACCAGAGUCACCACCAGAAGACAGUCCACCCAUUUCAGGAUCUAAUUUAUCACAUGCUCAGGAUCGUACAGUUGAUGAAAUUCUGCAAGAUCCCACCAUUGAUGGUCAGGAAGAGAAUGAUAAGUUUUGGUAUGAGAGCUCUGAAGAGGACGAAGGUAGCGCAGAAAGACAGAGUUUAAGUGCUUCUAUUGGAGGAACAGCAGAAAGACACAUCUGCUAUCUCUAAGGACUUCUUACAUCUAGACAUGACAGGAAAAACUCAUCAGUUCACGUUGCAUCAUAAAAAGCAAGAUAUAUGCUAUUGAAGUACAUGUAUGACCAACGGUGUGACUAGUUCUGACAAAGAUUGCGGUAAUUAACCCAUUGACUACUGAAACCAGGUGGUCACUUUAUAAUGAAACCUAAGGAAUUAAAGAAUACAGAAGUCAAUGGGUUAAGGAUACCUUAUUCAACAAGGAAGAAACUCCUGCAUCUUCCUUUGAUAAAGUCAAAACCUCUUCUGGAACCAUUAUACCUUCUUCAGAGACUGAAUUUGGCAGAGGUAGAAGCACAGAAACAGUGUAUUGAGCUUCUCUUAAUUUUCCACAUAUAUACUACCGGUUUAUAAAGUCAAUUGUUUUAACCAUUUUCCCUUUCAUUGCUCCAAUCUUAGCUAUGUAAAUUCUACAGGUGACAACAACCUUGGCGAUUGCUUGCCUGUCUUUGGUAAACGAAGGUUGCAUAGAGACUUUAUUGCAGCUGACCUGUGGACUGUAGUUUCUUGAGGAGCAUCAAGAAUCGUCUUAGAGAGUCCUUUUCUUUUAUCCAUUACAAAUUACUUAUCAUCAGUAUACAAUGAAGCUUCAGCAGUAAUGAAGACACAGUGUUUCAUAUGAAGGUUUUGUAUAAUGGUGGUGGGGGGGGGUAUGUGAAAAAUUGACAAAUAUUUUAAGUUCUAGGCUAUAGUUGGUUUUUCAUGUUCUCUAAAUAGAGCCUUGUUUUUUUUAAAGAAAAUUAAUAACUCCAAAAUGGAACAGGAAAUUCAAUACAGAAGGUUAGAAAUCUAAAGUCACAAUUUGAAUAUUCUACAGAUUACCAUUCUAAUAAAAACAAACACAACUUCAUCACCCCUUGCUGACAUUUUUUUCUACACAUUUCUAUUACUGUACAUAAAUCAAUUUAUUUGUCAAGUUGGUGUUUCUUUUCACUGUAUUGCUAGAAAAAAGAUAAAGUCCUCUUGUCAUGAAUGAUGGAAUGAUUGUCGUUUAUUAAAACAAAGAGUUCUAGCACAAUAACAUGACUUAGAACCUGAAAUAUCACAUGGUAGUAAGACAAUCCCUUACCACAGAACCAGCUCUCUCCCUCAAAUCGUAUCAUGUAUUUGAUAUUUCUUAGUUGAUACCAUAUCAUGAUCAUUUGGCAUCAAUAUUUUCAUUGUGCUCUAAACUUACAAAUUUAUAUAUAAAAAAAUAUCCAUUAUAAGGCUCCAGCCUUAGAACCUGAGUCUGUUUUACCAAUCUCAAAGUAGCAGCAGAUUCUGUCACUUGGGGUCUCGGUCAUAUAAACUCUGGAAGCAAUUGCCCAGAUAUUUUAAAGAUAAUAUUAAUGAAAGACUGUGUUGGCUGGUUUGCACAUGGUAUAUUACUUGUGUAUUCUGCCCCUGUGUAACAUUGAAAAAUUGAUGAAAUGAAAGUGAAACACCUGUUCAAGAACUGCACAAAUUCACAAAGAAAAUGGGUGGGCUGAAAUGUAAAUUGCACUUUGAAACAGGUUUCAUAUUGCUUUUUCAUGAGAUGAUGACAGUUCAUGUAAUUCAUUAUUAAAGAAAAGUAAAAUAUUUACAAAAUGAAUAGAAUACAAUACAUACAGCAUGUGAAAUAAUAUGGACAGAGGCAUUUGGCGCUUGAAUAUGUGAUGUGAUAAAAUCAGAAAAUUAGAGAAGCAUAUUGAUUUCUUGUUUGAGAGUAAAACUGGUUUUAAUAGACUGGUAAAGCAUUUACCUUGUUAUCAUGUCAUCUUU